CACGUGGAGUUGAGAGUGAGAAGUUUCUUGUUGGCAGCAUGGUGGACGUUCGUGGACUAGACCCAGGCUUUUCGCCCUCUUCCCGUGUGUCAGCUCUCUCCUUCCUCACUUAUUCAGCCCCUCAGCUCACGGCUCUGAGCGUCAAGAAGAUUACCAAUCCUGAGACCUUUGACAGUCUUCUGCACCCGAACCUAGGCGGACUCUACGACCCUGCCUUGGGCCCCACCGACAAGCAGGAAAUUUGUGUGACGUGUGGUCUCAACUACAUUCACUGUCCGGGCCACAUGGGCCACAUUUCUCUACCUCUGCCUGUCUACCAUCCGAUCUUCUUCACUGCUCUGUACCAGCUUCUGCGGGCUUCUUGCUGGGUUUGUCACCGCCUCCUGGCCACACCCACCAAACUAGCUCUCCUGCAAGGUCGGCUAAGACUACUAGAUGCAGGGAAACUGGCGGAAUCUGCUGGUCUGGAGGCUGAAGUGUUGGCAGCUAUUGGCAGAGAAGGGAGCCAUACAGCUGACAGCUCUGUACAGGCUGUUCACCACUUGGUUUUAGAGCACCUUGGAGGAGAAGGAGGAGGAGGAGGAGAGUCUUCUCGUAAUGUGGUUGAGGCCCGGCAGUGGGAAGUGCAGGAGUUCAUUCGCCAAUGUUCCAGAGGCCAAAGCAGCUGCCCACACUGCCAGGCCCCUGCUAGAGCACUGAGGCAAGAUGGGCAGAUCAGAAUCUUCUUGAAGGGACUCUCCAAGAAGCAGGCUGGACAGUGGCUCUCUGCAAUUUCCAGGGAAGGCAGGAGAGGAGAGGGAGAAAGCCACCCAUUGUUGGAGUCAAGUGACACGAGGGAUGUCACUCAGCAGAUGUAUGUCUCUCCAGUUGAGGUUAGAGAUCACGUUCGGCAGGUGUGCGAGCAGGAGGGGAGUCUGUUGAAGGCAAUGUUUGAAGGAGGACGGGGAGAGGAGGGAGUUAUGGACCUGUUCUUCCUGACAGUUCUGCCUGUCCCAGCCUCCAGAUUCAGACCUAUCUCUCAGAUGGGUGAGCGGAGGUUUGAGAAUCCGCAGACUGUGAAUCUGCAGGCUGUGUUGUCUGCCAGUGCAGCCAUCCAUCAGCUACUGGCUGACAGGGAGAGGGAAGACACACCUGCUAAUAGUGUGUCUUUCAGUGAGCGUCUACUAAUGUUGUGGAGUCGACUUCAGGGAGCAGUGAAUGUUGUCAUGGACUCGUCGCAGGAGAAAAGGAAGGUCAUGCCAAAUGGCAUCAAACAGAUAUUGGAGAAAAAGGAGGGACUGUUUCGUAUGAACAUGAUGGGGAAGAGGGUUGAUUACGCAGCACGUUCAGUCAUCUCUCCAGACCCAUACAUCAACAUGGAUGAGAUUGGAAUACCUAUGGUCUUUGCUACGAAGCUAACCUAUCCUCAACCGGUUACAGCCUGGAAUGUAAAGACUCUGCGUCAGGCAGUCAUUAAUGGCCCCCUUGUCCACCCUGGGGCCACUCAUGUGCAGAUGGAGGAUGGAGCUGUGGUAAUGCUCCAGCCGCACAGACCAGCUCAGCGACUGGCCCUUGCGCGCCAACUCCUCACCCCUAGCAAACCUGGCUCUGCCAGAGGAGCUUGUAAGAAGGUCUCGAGGCAUCUGAUGGAUGGCGACAUACUGUUGAUGAACAGACAGCCAACACUGCACAAGCCAUCCAUCAUGGCUCACAAGGCCCGUGUCCUCCCUGGAGAAAAGACAAUGAGACUCCAUUAUGCCAACUGCAAGUGCUACAAUGCUGACUUUGAUGGCGACGAGAUGAACGCUCAUUUCCCGCAGAACGAGCUGGCACGCUCCGAGGCCUACAACAUUGUCUCUACCCACAGGCAGUACCUGGUACCCAAGGAUGGAACUCCGCUCAGUGGUCUUAUCCAGGACCACGUGGUUGCCGCCGUACUCAUGACCCUCAGAGGAAGACUCUUUCAUCGCCAUGACUACCACCAGCUGGUACAGGCCGCCCUGCCACGGGAGACACAGCGACUCAGCCUGUUACCACCAUGUGUUCUUAGACCUGCUGUUCUCUGGUCUGGGAAACAGGUGGUGUCGACUGUACUGCUGAACCUCAUUCCUGAAGGCCAACAGCCACUCAAUCUCAUCUCCAAGACGAAGAUUAACCCUCAGGAAUGGGGGCGUGGCAAGGGGUGUGGCCAGUUGCCGAGAGACGUCAUUAUGACUGAAUCUGAAGUGGUGUUUCGCGAAGGCCAGUUGCUGAGUGGUGUUUUGGACAAGUCUCAACUCGGAGCCUCUCAGUUUGGCUUUGUCCACUCGUGCCAGGAGCUGUAUGGAGGAGAUGUGGCCAAUCACCUCCUCUCUGCUCUCGGUCGUCUCUUUACCGGCUUCCUGCAGCUGCAUGGCUUCACUCUUGGGGUGGAGGACAUUCUCGUGAGGCCCGAGGCAGAUGGUCAGCGGAGGGAGUACAUGGAGGGCCUGAUGGGGUGUGGUGAGGAGGCAGCAGCUGAGGCCUUCUCCCUGCCACCCUCUGCAGGUAAGGAGGAGGUGAAAGAGAGGUACGCAGCGGCUCAUCGCAGACCAGACUCCACCGGAGUCAGGAACCUUGACUUCUGCUUCUCUCGAUCCACCAGCAAAUACAACAACCUCAUAAAUACAGCGUGUGUGCCUGGUGGUCUGUUGAAACCAUUUCCAGCCAACAACCUGCAACUGAUGGUGCAGUCAGGAGCCAAGGGCAGCUCAGUCAACUGCAUGCAGAUCUCGUGUCUGCUGGGUCAGAUAGAGCUGGAGGGACAGAGGCCUCCUCUGAUGCCCAGCGGCCGGUUUCUGCCUUCCUUCCUCCCCUACGACACCAGUCCCAGAGCUGGUGGGUUUGUGGAUGGGAGGUUCCUCAGUGGGAUCAGACCUCAGGAGUACUUCUUCCACUGUAUGGCUGGUCGCGAGGGUUUGGUGGAUACUGCAGUGAAGACCAGUCGCAGUGGCUACCUUCAGAGAUGUCUCAUUAAGCACCUCGAGGGCAUCACCACAUGCUAUGAUCUCACAGUAAGGGACUCUGACGGCUCAGUGGUCCAGUUUCUCUACGGAGAAGAUGGAUUGGAUUCCUUCUCUCCAAUGUAUAAUACUCAUGAUGUCGGGGUAUGGUUGAAGGCACUGACAUAUGGAGUGGACUUCUUUGCUGCUGAGGGGUACCUGGACAUGGUGGCUGCUCACAAACACCGCAAAAGACUGCAGCGCUGGCGGAAGAAGAACACGACUCCACCCACCUCUCCAUUCCGGGCCUUCUCGGUGAAACACCUACCACGACUGGAGGCUGAGAGGUCUGCUGCUAGGAGGCAAGCUGCACGUUCUGCAGCCGAGCAGCAGCUACUGACAGAGUGGUACAGUCUCAGUCCCUUUCAGAGAGAGCGACUGAGGCACAAGUGCAGGGGCUGUCCUCCUCCAGCUCUAUCUCGCUUCCGUCCUGAUCGGUAUUUUGGUUCCAUUCCAGAGAGACUGGAUUCUCAGAUUGCCUCGUUCCUCGAGACUCUGCCCACCGACCGUCAGAAUGAGGAGCAGUUCUCGGUGCAGAAGUUUGAAAGUCUGAUUCAGUUCAAGUACCUGAGGUCUUUGGCGGAGCCUGGGGAGGCAGUGGGUCUGCUGGCCGCGCAGAGUAUUGGAGAGCCGUCCACUCAAAUGACGCUUAACACAUUUCAUUUUGCUGGAAGAGGAGAAAUGAAUGUCACUCUGGGCAUACCUCGACUUAGGGAGAUUCUGAUGACUGCGAGCCCAAACAUCAAGACACCUGCUAUGGAGGUGCCUCUGCAUCGCAGCUCGGGAGCUAAAGUUGAGGGAGAGAGGCUCAAGAAGUAUUUCACCAGAGUCACCCUGGACCAGGUACUGGAGAAAGUAGAGGUGUGGGAGACCAUUGGGAGGGAGGGCAAGGGUCACCGAUAUCGGCAGUACAAGCUGAAGCUCAGUUUUCUUCCUCACCACUACUAUGAGGAACUGUAUGUAGUGACUCCAGGACAAGUACUGGACUAUGUGGAGAAGAGAUUUGUCCGAAUGUUGGUGUCAGCUGUCAACCGGCAGGUGAAGCUGCUGCGAGAGAAGAGACUGAAGGCCGUGAACGUGGAGCGCGAGAGAGCAGUGUCCUCUCAGAAUGGAGGCCGUGCGGAGGAGGAGGAGGAUGAUGAGGAGGAGGAUUCCGACAGAGAGGAGACUGAGGUUCAGACUAAGAAGAAGAAACAGGAGUCCAGCUAUGAGGCUGCAGGAGACAGUGACCAGGAGGCAGUUGGACUCCCCAGUGAGGGAGAGGAGGGAGAUGAGGGAGAUGAGGGAGAGGGGGAGGAUGAUCAAAAGGAAGAGGAAGAGCCUGUGGAGCAGAUGGCUUUGGAUAAGGACAGAGUGAAUGAAGUUGUUGGUAGCAGUGCGGCAGUUGUGGACUACAGCUAUGAUGCAGAGGAUGGACUCUACAGCAUGUUUACUCUGAAGUUCCCUGCUGUGGACUGUAAGGUCAUGCUCACUGCUCUCGUGGAAAAGGUGGUUAAAAAGUGUGUGGUGUGGGAGGUACCCAAUGUCUGCCGAGGUUUCUUGUCACAUGACGAAUCAUGUGACCAGUGGAUCCUCAAAACUGAUGGAGUCAACUUACAGGAACUAUGCAGACAUGCUGAGAAUGUAGAGCUAAACCGGGUCUAUACCAAUAGCGUUCAUUCCAUGGCUGCCACCUAUGGUAUUGAGGCUGCUGCCACAACAAUUGUCCGAGAAAUCUCCAGUGUUUUCAAAGUGUACAACAUUGCUGUGGAUCACCGACAUCUGUCCCUCAUCGCUGACUACAUGACGUUUGGGGGAACUUACAAACCUUUCAACCGACUAGGGCUGGAGGCUCACAGCUCUCCACUGCAGAAGAUGAGCUUCGAGACCACCAUGCAUUUCUUGAAGACAGCCACCAUGACUGGAGCUGUGGACCAGCUAGCAUCGCCCUCUGCCUGUCUUGUCACAGGCAAGUCCGUUUGCCAACUGUCGUCAAUCAUGAAAUUUAAUUAUCUAGAUUUUAUUUCCGCUUCAGAGAAAUUGCGUGAGGAUUUCCAUAAACGGGAGGAUUACUCAAACAUGUCGUCCGGCGACAAGCACUUGGACGCCGAGUGGAAGCGCAUCCAGAAGAAGACGUUCACGCGAUGGUGCAACGAGCACCUCAAAGUGCAGGGCAUGGUCGUGGAAGAUCUGUCCAAGGACCUGAGCGACGGCGUCUGUCUCAUCGUCCUCAUCGAGGUCCUCUCGCACAAGAAGGUGGGCAGGUACAACAAGAAACCGCGGGUCUUUGCUCAGAAGAUGGAGAACGUGCAGCUAGCCUUGGACUUUCUGAUGAAGAAGGAGCGCAUCAGACUAGUCAACAUCGGCAGUGGAGAUAUCGUGGAUCAGAACCUGAAGCUCAUCCUCGGCCUCGUUUGGACACUCAUCCUCCACUACCAGAUCUCCAUGGGCUUUGGCAUUGGAGAUGGCAAGGACAAAGGAGGUCCCACUCCCAAACAGGCUCUCAUUGCAUAUUUGCAGGGCCUUGUGCCAGACAAGAACCUGAAGAACCUGACCAGUGAUUGGAAUGAUGGGACAAUGGUAGCAGCAGUGGUAGACGCCGUGGCUCCAGGUCUGUGUCCUGAACAUAUGGACAUGAACCCAGAGAAUGCUGUGGAGAAUGCCACAACUGCCAUGAAGUUGGCGGAGGACUGGUUGGGAGUACCGAUGGUCCUGGAGCCCAAGGACAUGUGCAAUCCAAAUGUGGAUGAGCUGAGCAUGAUGACCUACCUCUCAAAGUUUCCUGACGCCCGUCUGAAGCCAGGAGCUCCCAUCAAGUCGAGAGGGGAUGCCGACAAGGUGAAGGUGCAUGGACCAGGAGUAGAGGGAGGUCUCGACACCAACUCACCAGCCGCAGAGUUCACAGUAGACAUCAGAGCUGCUGGGGGGUCUGGGAAGCCAAGUGUGAACGUGACAUCUCCCGAGGGAGCUGUUGAGUGCUCCUGUGAGGACAACAAAGAUGGAACAUUCAGCUGCGCCUACAUUCCCACCGUCCCUGGCUGCUACACUGUGGCCGUCAACUAUGGUGGGAAGCCCGCAGCCAAGAGCCCAUACAAGGUGAAUAUAGUGGCAGGCGCAGACGCCGGUGCCUGCAGUGCGUAUGGGCCAGGAGUGGAGGGUUCCGAUCUGCGAGUGGGAUCUCCAGCAGAAUUCUGGGUGGAGACUGCGGGUGCAGGAGAAGGGAAACUGGGCAUCACUGUGCGGGGAACAAAGGGGCCCAUUCCUGCGGAGGACUUGGAGGUGAAGGCUGAGACUGAAGACAAGUACUACGUGCAGUACCGACCCCAGCAUGCCGGGCCCCACACCGUGGAGGUCACUUUCUCUGACCUGCAUAUUCCUCAGAGUCCUUUCAAGGUUCGUGUGGGGGCAGACAAACCAGAUGCCAGCAAAUGCCAGGUGGAAGGACCAGGGAUUGAGCCAACUGGGGUGGAGAUAAAGAAACAGACAUGGUUCAACGUGAUCACAAAGGGAGCUGGUCAAGGGGAGCUGAACGUCCACAUCAAAGGUCCGAGGGGAACAGUGGACUGCGCCAGUCGCGAGCAGGAGAGAGGAGUGCAACAGUUCACUUACACCCCUAGCCACGCUGGUGAGCAUGUGAUCACUGUCAAGUUUGGCGGGGAGCAGAUCCCCGGUAGCAGGUUCAAAGUGCAGGUGGAGCCCCCGACUGACCUGAGCAAGGUCUCAGCCUAUGGUCCAGGUCUUUCUCCACAGGGCAUGCGAGUAAAAGAGCCUGCCAAGUUCACAGUGAAAACCAAAGAUGCAGGCCACGGGAAUGUUGAUGUCAGGAUCAGCGGGCCUUCAGGGGAGCUCCCUUUCCAGCUGGAGUCGGCUCCCUACACCUACAACUACACCUAUCUGGCUGAAGAGCCAGGACUUUACGACGUUGAAAUCUCCUUUGCAGGGAUGCCGAUCCCUAAUAGUCCUUAUCAUGUGGCAAUCACUGACGCAAGCAAAGUGAAGCUCACGGGUCCUGGUCUGAAUGGAGAGAGCCUGCCAGUUAGUUCUCCCCUCAUCUACCAAGUGGACGCCAGAGGAGCUGGUCCAGGGGAGCUCAAGUGCACCGUCCAGGAUGCUGGAUCGGUAAGGGAUCCUGUCGAGGCCACCGACGGCCUGGGACCAGCUGUCACCGACAACGGGGAUGGCACUCUUAGCAUUGAGUACACUCCAUCUGAGCCUGGGCUCAAGAAAAUGAAUGUCACAUUCGGGGAGGCUGCUGUACCCAAAACACCCGUGAAGCUGAAUUUAUUUGAUGCUGGGAAAGUGACAGCCUAUGGGCCUGGGCUGGAGGCUGGGCUCAAAAGUGGCAAGCAGACCCAUUUCAUGGUGGACAUGCGACAGGCAGGGGAGGCAGAUCUGCAGGUGAGGGUGGAAGGUGCAGCCGUUGUUCCAACCCAGAUCAAAGACCAGGCGAAUGGCAUGGUGCGCUGUGAGUACACUCCCACGGAGGCAGGCGAGUAUCAGGUGGACAUCCAGUACGGCGGAGUCCACAUCACAGACAGCCCGUUUAAUGUGCAGGUUCGUCCGUCGAUGGACCUCAGCAAAGUAAAAGCCUAUGGUCCUGGACUCGAGUCCGGACUGACCACUGACAUGUGGGCUGAGUUCUUUGUGGACUACAAGGAGGCAGGGGAUGGGGAGCCUUCAGUGGAGGUGCAGGGCCCGGGAGGUGGGGAGAAACUGGAAGAGGUGGAGGUAGGGCCCGGACUCAGGAAGUACCGCUACUUCAUUGAUCCAGACGAAGCCGGGGAGUACACAGUCAAGGUUGACUUCGCAGACCAGCCAGUCCCUGGUAGUCCCUUUAAAGUGAUGGCAAACUGGAAGACGGACCCGAGCAGAGUGAAGGCAUUUGGUCCAGGACUGGAGGGUGGCAUUUCAGGCGACUGGACGGAGUUCACCAUUGACACAAGUCAGGCCGGGGAGGGGGGGUUGGGACUGCAAAUUGAGGGUCCCUGUGAGGCACAAGUGGAUGUCACCGACAACAAGGAUGGAACAGCAACAGUGCGCUACAAUCCUGUGGAGCCAGGCCCUUACAACAUCAACAUCAGCUUUGCAGAUACACCAAUUCCUGGGAGUGUCUUCACACCUGUCUUUGACCCUCCAACAGAUGCAGGGAAAGUCAAGGCGUAUGGGCCAGGUCUGGAGAAAAACGGGGUGAAGGUGGGGGACCUGGGUGACUUCACUAUUGACACGAGGGAGGCAGGAGUUGGUGCAGUAGAUGUGGCAAUUGAUGGUCCAUUCUGGCGAGGUCGCUCCCCCACCCCAGUUUCCCCUGGAGUAAGCCCUGGGCCCGGAGUCACUCGCUCUGGCUCUCUCCGGAGGCCCAAGAGUGCAGUUGCAAAGCCUCAGAUCUCCAGCAACAACGACAAUACGUACGCUGUCCAGUACAACCCUCGCAAAGUUGGAAAGUACAACAUCAACAUCUUUUUUGCGGAUGAAACCAUCCCAACCUCUCCAUAUGAGGUGAAUGUGUCGGACCCCUCCAGAGUGAAGAUCAGCGGAGCAGGGAUAGGUGUAGAGGAUGCCACACUACGCUUGUCGGAGCCGCUUGAGUGGGCAGUGGACUGCACAGAGGCAGGGCCUGGGGAUGUGCAAGCCACUCUCUAUGGGCCCGAUGGCUUCUCAAAGGAUGUACCCGUCGUCAAAGUUUCGGAGGAUGUGUAUCAGCUAAAAGCAGAGCAACCAGAGGAACCUGGUCGAUACCAGUUAGAUGUCAAGUAUUCUGGAAAUGACGUGAAGCAAAGUCCAGUCAAGUUAAGUCUUAGUGAUGCCAGUAGAGUGAAGGUGAGUGGAGACGGUCUUUCUGGAGGCAGAGUCGACGACACACUCAUAAUCACUGUGGACUCAAGUGCUGCAGGAGAAGGAAACCUCUCCCUCUCACUAAGCGGCCCCGAGCAAGUCGAGAUUGCGUGCGAUGACAACGGUGAUGGCACAGCAACUCUCUCCUUCACCCCAACAACCGCUGGAGAGUACAAAAUGGACGUAAAAUUUGCAAAUGAGGAUGUCCCAGGCUCGGUGUUUUGCAUGCCAGUAAUUGAUCCUUCACAGGUCACUGCAUCAGGCAGUGGCGUUACAGGCGAGGGAGCUAGAGUGGGCAACCCAGCACAAGUGAUUGUGGACACCAGGAAUGCUGGGCCAGUGGAUGUGGAGGCUGAAGUUACCACUCCCUCUGGUCAGAAACAGAGCGUGGCAUUGGAGGUUGGCAGUGAGCCAGGGUUGUUUGUCGGAGAAUACCUACCAAAGGAGCCGGGAUUUUAUAGCCUGGAGGUGUCGAGUACAAACGAAGGAAUACCCAAGUCUCCAUUCUCGGUUCCAGUAUGCGAUCCAGAUGCUGUGAAGCUGGAAGGGCCUGGUCUGCAUGCUGCAGUGCAGAAUAGUGAUAAUGUGGUGGAGGUGGACACGGAAGGUGCAGGGCCAGGGGAGAUUGGGUGUUCGUUCUCACGACCAGACGGGAGUACUGCUCCAGUGCAGUGUGAGGUGACGAAGGUCGACGAGACUCACUACCAGUUACACUACACUCCUCUCGAAGCCGGUGUGCUGCAGGCUCAGGUGAGUAUUGCUGGUCUUCCAGUGGGCUCAGGGUUAACUAUUCCAGUGGGAGACCUGUCCAAAGUGAAAGUGGAGGGACUGGAACAUGAAGUGGUUGCAAACAAAGAGACAGAGUUUGUGGUUGAUGCAACAGCUGCUGGUCCGGCAGAAAUGGCGGUGGAAGUGCUGGAUGGAAAUGGAGCUCCAGUUACUACAGAAACAGAAGUUCUUGCUCCUCAGAAGUGGAAAGUCAAGUACACACCAACAAGUGCUGGUCGGCACGCAGUAGACGUCAAGUAUUGCGGGCGGGAUGUGCCUGGCAGCCCAUUCUCAGUGAGUGUGUGUGAUCCAAAGGCAGUACGUGCCUAUGGGCCAGGACUAGAGAAAGCAACAGCAAAAAGGGAGGCUCGUUUCACGGUUGAUGCCUCCGACGCCGGGAGUGGGUCCCUUGGUUUGGUGGUGAGUGGUCCAGCCGAAAGCAAGAUAACGUGUGAGGAGGCAAGUCCCGGAAAGUACGAAGUGUGCUACGUACCACCGCGACCUGGUGUCUACAAUGUGGACCUCAAGUUCUCUGGGGAGGACGUGGAGGGAAGCGUGUUCUCUGUGCCAUGCGAGGCCUUGCCACCCGAUGCCUCCAAGUGCGUGGUGACAGGCCUGGAUAAUCCAGGCAGCUUCACGGUCGACUGCAGCGAGGCAGGGGGCACGGGGUCACUGGAAGUGGGGGUCUGUGGGGCAUACGUUCCAGCUGAGUUUGUUUCUGUCAAGCACAAUGGGGACUACACCUUCAGUGUGACGUACGACAUCCCUGAGCCAGGAGAGACCCAGAUCAGUGUCAAGUGGCAUGACCAGCACCUCACUGGCAGUCCUUUCACUGUCAUCACUCAAUAACUGAUCUUUUAGUUCUUAGCAAUUUUCAGACACACAAUUUAGCUUGCUGUAUUAGUAGAUUUUAACCCAUUUUUACUUUCAAAAUCUGUAGUUAAAUGCAGUUUAAUUGCUUUUUAUAGUAAUUGCGUAAAUUUUUUGAGCCAUGGAGGCACAAUUUUGAUCGCAACGGUUCAAUAGUAUAAUUAUGAACACAAUUGAGCACAAGGAAGGCAUUGUGCAGACUGCCAGGCCUUCUGUGCAAGUUGACUAAAUAUUGGUAGAUAGAGAAGCCAGCGAGACAAUACAAACUUCACCAAAAUAUAAUUAUAGUUACUACUGUUAUCUACAUGUACAGUACUGACAGGCGACAGCAGUUCAUUUAAAAUUACAAAAUUAAGUAAUCCAUUUCUCCAUCUCCUCAGCAUCCUGGGUGUGUCAUAUAACAAAUGGAACAAUGGCAGUUCUGCCCUGAGGGUACGACGGAAAAUCGCGGCGAUAGUUGCGGUGUUUUCCACGUGCCCACUGGGCCAUCUGAAGGAAGCCAGCUACCGCGAAGAGAAGGGCUGCGGAAUGCUAGGGGCUGGAACACUAGCAGGUGGAAUGUAAACUGGCCUACCAGGAAGACACUGGGUCAUGAGGCUGAACCCAAGCCAAGCUCCAACCUGCAAGCAAGAUUCAUUGCAAAGACCAGACUGGACGACAUGAAAAUACCUCGUAAGUAUAGUUUGGACAGCUCACAAAGUGAAAGAGUUUUGUCAUAGGGUUGGACGUUGGCAUUGGAAUUUUCCUCUCCUUUGUACCUG